CCCAUAAGGCGCUACGGUAAAACAUGGCGGAUACGAUGCGUAUCGAGUGUACGUAAUCCGGGCCCUGGCUUCACUUUUGGAACGUGUGUUUUAAAUGAGUGUUACCCGUCCUCUCUUUUUUCCUUGUCUAAGAGUUAAAGGACCAAGGACCAACAUUUGGCAGACAGAAAACUUCUGAAAUGAAUGAAGAUUCUUGAUUGAAGAAUGAAUUUGACGUUGACAGUUACAGUUAGCAGCUUAAAAAAUAGCUGAAAACAAGGAAGGAAGCGAAUCAAAAUAAAAACAUUUAAUUGUAAAGACUCUCCGAACAAUUAUUUGACAAUAAAUCGCGUAAUAUGGGAGAUCGAUAUAAUAUCCACAGUCAAUUAGAACAUCUGCAGUCAAAAUAUAUUGGUACUGGUCAUGCAGAUACCACCAAAUAUGAAUGGUUGGUAAAUCAACACCGGGAUAGUUUUUCCAGCUAUUUGGGUCAUCCAGAUUUAAUCAAUUACAUUGCCGUUUGUGAAAAUGAAGCGAAAGCUCGUGUUAAGUUUAAUUUAAUGGAGAAGAUGCUGCAACCCUGUGGACCACCCCCAGAUAAACCUGAGGAUUAAACUAUAAUUACAUUUAUUUGUAUUUUUCAACUUUUAACAAUUAAAUACUUUGGUACACUUA